AUGGAAUUAAUCUUAAAUAAUCUCUUUUAUUCUAGAACUUUAAAUAUUAAAAUCAUAAACACUUUUGAUUCUGUUAUAAAAAGUUUAUUACCUUCAAACUACAAGUAUUUUGUAGAAUCGAUUGAACAAAUUUCACCAUAUGAAUUCCUAUAUGCUUAUGAAAAACCUUUUAAAAGUGAAUUUUGCAUAAAUAUUAAAACAAUUGAUGAGGUUAAAUUAUGGCUUCAACAAUUCAUAAAUCUUUAUAAAGUAAUAUUGAGAGAAACUCAAGGUUAUACUGUCAAGGGCACUUGCUUUAUUCUUUCAAAAUGA